UGAAAGGCAACAAAGUGGUCGUGUAAUGGAAGUUGAGGAUGAGGGACGACCUUAUUCCGAUGUCGUGUUAACAAUUUCUGCACGGGAUAUCAAAGAUGUUGAUACCGACUCGUACAGCGAUCCUUUUUGCAUUGUAAGCGAAGCAAAUGCCGGAUUAGUAAGAUGCAGAAUCUGGAAGGAAAUCGGACGAACCGAAGUAAUAAACAACUGUUUGAAUCCUGACUGGGCAACAAAAAUACGUAUUGCAUAUUUUUUUGAGGAGCAACAACGGAUUCUUUUUGAAUUGUAUGAAAAUGAAUUAUUUCGCAUACUUUUAAUAAUAGCAUGA